AUGGUCUUGGCUUACUUUUGUCUGAUUUCCCUUUACUUCGUCGGAGGUUUGGCUGGUGAAGUACCGAUCAUUGAAGGCGUUCUGGGAGAUGUUCCGCGAUCCCCAUCAAUCACAUCGACCACCUUCACAGCAAGGGGCGCAGAGUUGAGCAAUGUUACCACCCCGGGGAAAUUACGAGUCAUCGAGAACUCGGGCGUCUGCGAAACUACUUCAGGCGUCUUUCAGGCUUCCGGAUAUGGCGACUUAACCGACACUGAGAGCAUUUGGUUUUGGUUUUUUGAAUCUCGCCAGGACCCUGAUACCGCUCCGCUCACUCUCUGGUUUAAUGGUGGUCCCGGAGCAUCCAGCAUGAUUGGCUUGUUCCAAGAGCAUGGUCCUUGCCGCAUUACCAACGACAGCUCUUCAGUCACUCUAAACCCCUUCUCGUGGAACAACGAAGCCAACAUUGUAUACAUUGAUCAGCCGGUUGGUGUCGGCUUCUCUUAUGGAGAUCUCAAGGUUGGGACGUCGCAGGAAGCAGCGUCCGACAUCUGGACUUUCAUGCAAAUCUUUCUGUCCGAUUCCAGAUUCUGUAAGUAUCAAAAAAAUAAACUUGCAAUUUGGACGGAAUCGUAUGGCGGUCAUUAUGGUCCAGCCUUCGCUGCGCAUUUCCUUUCUCAAAACGCUGCUAUUGCAGCGGGAAGGACUUCUGGCAUCACUCUGAACCUAAAAGUUCUUGGGAUUGGAGAUGGACUCACUGAUCCAUUGAUACAAUACCCCGGUUACAUUACUUACGCUGGAAGCAACCCAUACUAUGCCCUCGUUUCAUCAACCGUCGUCAACCGCGCGAAAACUGCUUGGACAAAGCCGGGAGGAUGUCAAGCUCUGAUUAAAUCUUGCUACAACGGCGGCUCGAACUCAGUCUGUUCGAAAGCGCAAAGUUAUUGUAAUCAAAAAAUCCUAUCUCCAUUGGCUGGAAACUGGGAUGCGUAUUACGUUCUGACCCCCAACCCAGAUUCAUACCCUCCCGAUAUCACUAAUUAUUUGAACUCUAUUGCCGGCGCUGUGGGCGCUGGUGUUGUGUGGCAAGAGAUCAAUAACGACGUUUAUCUCAAUUUUGCCGCUACCGGAAAGAACUCACGACCAGACUUGGAAGCGGUGAUUAACGCUGGGAUUAGGACUAUUGUCUACGACGGCGACGCGGACUAUAUCGUCAACUUCAAUGGCGUGGAGGCUAUGGUGGACAAUCUAAACACACAAUUUACGUCGUUAUACAAGCAGCAAGCUUUCCGUACAUACACGGUCGCCGGUCAGGCGGCCGGGAAAUUUAAGAAUGCUGGUCUGUUCUCUUACAUACGGAUUUAUGGGGCGGGGCAUGAGGUCCCGGCUUACAAGUUUGGGAAAUUAGCUGUGGGACAAGCGGCUGCGCAGAUGUUCACGCAAAUUAUGGCUGAUGAACCCCUCUCGUCCACCUAA